CUCACGCGCGUACACACACGGCGAGUCUCUGUGUGUCUUUGAUAGACUCUGAUUGACUCUGUGUGUUUGUAUUUUAUUAAACGCAUUUUAUCUUUUGAUUUGUUUUGUUUUAAGUAAAACUCGCAUGUAAUUUUUUAUGCGAACGCUUUGUAUUUUGAUUGUUUAUCCACAGACCGCGCAGCACUGGAAUUAUGCGCUUGAGAAAUCAUCGGGAGGGAGACCGGAUGCUGCCGUGUCAGUCGACCCGUGCUGGGCGUGGGAGUGAAAUCGAGGCCGCCGGCGUUGUGGCCUAGUGCUUCUGAUUUAAUGUUUUACACGACAGCACAGCAGAGCGCUCCGGUAACUGUCCAUCAGGAACAGAUAUGACCUCAUAUGAUGAUGACAGCCUGACAUUGAUUGACAGAUGAUGCAGGAGGCACGUGUGCAGGUGAGCGAGGUCCUCAGCGUCACAGCUGGAGAAUGAAGAGCGGACACGCGUGUGAAUCUGUGUCACACAGUGCCCGGGACAUGAACCUGAACCACCGUUUGACCUUGGCCUCGUGUGUACUUAAACCCGAGUCUGGGUCACAGUACCACGGGCCCGGGUGUCUGGAGGUGUCAGAGCGGCUGUGUAACGGUUCAUCUGACCAAUCAGAGCUGGAGAAUUUCAUGUCACACUGUCAUAAAGGUGAAGCGGAUGGCACGGUGAUCUCAGAAGAUGACAGCAGGUCUUUACCGUCUAGCACAGUGGAAGACGAAGACGAUCUCACGCCAGAGAUCCGGCAGGCCUACAGAAUAUUUCAAAGCUUUCUUUCGGAGAAGCACAAAGCUACGACGGCCCCGUUUUGGCACCCCGUCGGCCCUGGAUCGCAGGGUGAUCGGGCCUCUGACGGAGAGAUGUGCUUCAAAAAGAUGGAUGAUAAGUUUGUGAAUCGAGAGUAUGAAUCCAUCACAGCGUUUGUGGCUGAUUUCAGACUGAUGUUGGAGAAUUGUUAUCGGUUUCAUGGAGUUCAUCACUGGAUGUCCAAACAGGCCCAGAAACUCGAGAUGAUUCUAGAACAGAAGCUCACCCUUCUGUCCAGAACGUUGAGAGAGAAAACGACCCUGGCUGUGACAUCUAAAGGUCGCUUUGGCACAGAGGAUGAAAAAGGGCCGGCAGGUGCGUCAUCCAGGAGACGGUCAGUCCCGCGAAGUCUCGCUGCUAUUACGGUGGGUGGCAGCGAGUCCAUAUUGGUUCAAGCACUGAGAUUAGAGGAGCUACAACGAGCCAAAGAGGAGAAAAGACAGCGAGAGCUGGAGAAGAAAGAGGCAGAGGAGGUGUCGGUCAAAGAGAUGGAGGAAUGGGAACGUUCAUUGCUUUCCCUGGCAGAUCCGUGGUCGGUCCGUACCAUGUGGGAGCUCCCGGCCAUCGGUCACUUUCUGUGUCUGGCCCAGACGGCUCUGAACCUCCCUGAGAUUGUUUUCUAUGAGCUGGAGCGCUGUUUAUUGAUGCCCCGCUGUAGUUCUUUCCUCUCUAAGGUUAUGACCUCUCUGCUUUGCCCCUCGCACAAAAGACCGACCCUACACCGACGCCCACCGCUGCCUUACAGGAAGUGGGAGGCGGAGCUGCGUCGCAGAGUUCAGGGCUGGUAUCAGGCGGUCGGCAGGAGCGAAGACCAGGUCGGGCGAGCUGAGCAUCUUGGUCUUUGCCAUCAGUUCUUCUGGACCGUAGGGGAGAUGAAUCCGCUGGAGGAAACGCCGUUCCACCUCCUUCCGUUUAAUCGGCGCGUGUGGCUUCUCAAGGGACUCUGCGAUCACGUGUACGAGACGCAGAAAGACGUGCAGGACGCCGUUCUCGGGCAGCCCAUUCACGAGUGCCGCGAGUCCAUCCUAGGCUACGAUGGGCAGGAGAACGCCUACAUCCACUUUCCACACUUCUGUGGUGCAGAUUUAAGGAUCUACCGACAGAGUCCUUGUCUAGAGAUGGAGUUUCCUCUGCCGCUCUUUCAUGUCAAGAGAUCUGAGGAGGAAAAGAAAGUAGUGAAGGAUGAGAUGAAUAAAGGAUCGUUUCUGUAUGUAGAUGCUGUGAAGGUGGAGAACGACAGCUCGGGUGAUGUAGAGAUGUGUGCGUGGGGCUUACAAGACGAUUCACUUCAUGAUGGAGAGGAACUGGAUCAGAAAUGCCCCUCCGGUGUCCACUUACAUUGUAAGGAGGAUUCUGGAGGCAUUCAGGAGAAGUCUAUGAAAUUAAAACAUUUAGAAGAAGAAAAGGAGUCGGACAUCGAGCCGUGUUUCAGAGUAGGAGACAGCUGCUACAAAGGGAAAUCUCCUGCUUUGAGUCUCCGGACAGAUGAUGUGACCCAGCAGACCGUCGAUGAGAAACGUCUCUGUGCUGAAUGCUCUGAAGCAUCGCCACAUCUCUGUACUCACUGUCAGACUAUCUGCAAAGACCACGUCCAGCCUCAAAUCAACAGCCGGAGAGACCGAUCAAAAGGGACAACGGGUACGACCAAGAGAAAAAAAAGAAAGAAGAAGAGCGAGUUUAGCACGAGGAAAACAAACACAUGCAAACUAAACAUAAAGGCCAGAAGACUGAAGAAGCAUCUGCACAGAGCCGACAACAUCAGAAAGAAGAAACAGAAACUUCGAAGAAAGUUGAAUGUAAAGAUUGUAUCAGUGAAGAGAAAAACAGGUCCAGUGGAACCAUCAUUUCAGCUGGUGUGCUCCAGUCUGGAUGAUCUCAGAGCUUUAAUCAGUCGAACAGAAGAUGAAUUAGACCAAAUUAACAGCACCAAAAAGAGAUCUGUGAGAUGGCAACACAAGAGAUCCACUGUGAAAGAGUUGCACAUCACACUGGUAAGGCUGUUAAAUGAGCUGUUGCCAUGGGAACCUAAACUGGUCAAGGCCUUCCAGAAGAACAGAGCACGCAUGAAAAAAGAGUCUGACGAUUUCAAAAAACACCCUGAAUAUGAGAACUUCACCAGAGAGCAGAUGGACAGCGGUGAAGAUCUUUCAUUGUCCACAGAGACGACAAGAGAACCUGAAGAUGAAGUCAAAGCUGUCAGAACGUUGACAGAAGAUUCUGAUGUGACCGAGCACCCUAAUCAGUUUGAAAGUCACAAAUCAAGAUGUCCAGAUGACAGACCUGAAGUCAUCAUGAUGGGUAAUGAAACCGGACCCUUUACACGCGCUUCAAAACGUCGCCACAUCAAUGCCGUCAAUGAGGAACAGAGCACAUUUAAGAGAGCCAAAAUGGAACCUGAGAGUUCUUCUAGUUUCACACCAAAUAUGGGGGCAUUAAACAGUGAUCCAAUAACAGCAAACCCACAAGAACCUCCAGAAAGAGCUUCAGGGUUAUCAGAGCCUGUCAGGAGCGUUCAAGGGACUUAUAAGCACAUCCAGGCCUUGUUGGCCAAGAGUGUUGGAAACAAAGUGACCUUAAUAAAUCAUCCAAACACUACGGUUAUUGCUCAGAGACUGGACAAGACAUCGUCAUUAACACAUCAACCUGUCCAAACUUUAUCUACCCAUUCACCGAUAACACAACUUGAACCCGUCUGUACUGUAACACAGACAUCCAAACCAGAAAACACUGGAGCGGUGGUCUACAAGACUGCAGGAGGAUUGGGGCUUCUUAAAAAAGGAGGAACUUCAGUGAAGUUUUCGGUGCAGCCGAUGUCAAAUCACAAACCAGGAGAGAAAGUCACGCAACAAGUUUUUAUUUUACCUUCAAAUCUUCUUAUUCAAAGCACUGAGAUAAAGGCAGCUCAGCAGUCACCUGACCUCACCUCUGUGUCUGUCCCUUACACAACCAACACUGUACCAGAAAACAAGGUUCCUGUCCAGCAGGUGACGCCACUGAAAGAAACCAGCGAGGUCAGAACACCCUGUGCCGCAGUUUUGCCUAGUUUAAGGACCUUACCGACAACUACUGGAGGUUCCAUUGUGCCUAAAAAGACUGAGCCGAAGGUAGUCCCAAACAUAUCCACCACCAAACCUGAUGCCAAGCAGGAGCUCAGGACGGUGUGCAUCAGAGACUCACAGUCCAUACUUGUGACGACUAGAGGAGGCAACACGGGAGUUGUCAAAGUACAGACGUCAGAACAGAGCGGCACUUUAGCACCCAGCCCUGUUUUUGCCAUUUCUCCCCAACUCAAAGCCUUUCUGGUGUCCAAGUCUUCCGCAUCCACUACACAAACCGUUCCUGGCACCAUCACUCCUGUAAUGAAUUCGGAGUCACUUUCAAGGGAUAUCAUUCCAGUCAGCUCAACGGGAAUCUUAACUUCUUCAGUCCUGAAUCAGACUCUCUCUUCUGAUAGCACUUCAACUUUACUCACUGGUAAACCACUGCUCUUGUCCUCAAGUAAGAGCUCUGAUAGUGUCCGUUUAACUGUUAAAGAUGUCCAUAAAGUUCAACAAAAUACUGGUGUAAUGAAAUCAGGCAGCAGACCUUCAGACCACCAGUCCACCUUUCAGAAGGUCUUUCUGGUCGGUCCAUCAACAAACCUCACCUCAGCUGCAACAAAGAUCACUACAACUACUGCAACAUGUACGGUUCCAGGGUCAAGGGUCAUGUUCAUAAACCACUCGCCUGACAACUCGACACGUGUCAUUCCAAAAGGUGUUCCCUUUACUUCACCUGCACUUGAAGCCUUAAAGAUUAUUCCCAACCUUCAUAGUUGCACAACUUCUGGGCCAGUGACGAACAUCCAGAGCAUCAGUUUGUCAGGGUUGACAUCAUCGAGGAUACUUGGCACGUCAACAAAAACCACACCUGUAAUUGUUCCUAGGGUAACACAAGCAACUUCAAUGUCAAGUGGGCUACAAAAUAGAAGCAGUGAAUCAGUGAAUAGUGAAAAUCUCCUCAAAGCAGCCGGUUCUGUUGAGGGAAAAACAUUUUCAACACUUGGCACUGGUCACAUGGCUUCCUCUGAACUUUUGUCCGUGGUAAAACACGACACAUCCGUAUCAACGCCAGUUUCUGUGCUCAAUGCUCUGAACAGUAAGACUGGUUUAGUCGUUGGCAGCUCUGUUUCAGAUAUAUCGUCUUCUUUUUCAGGAAGUUUCUUGAGCAAACACACUACAUUACCGUUACAUUGUGUCACGGCUAGGAAGCCACAAACGAUCUCAUCACUGUGUACAUCACCCUCAUCUAUUAACACUUGCACAGCUGGACUGUCCCAUCACCUUUCCUUAAGCAGCACAGUACAAACACAAACCAGUAACAUUUCUACAUUAACUUCUCCAGGAGUCAUGACCUCUGGGAUGAGGCCACCAAACUCUGAGAAGAUUGUGAUCAACACCAGCGCUCCACUCGCCCCUGGAACUCAACUUCUCAUCAACAACACCAGACUUGUUGUUCCUCCUCAAGGUCUUGGACCAGGUAGUCAUGUUCUGCUCAUCUCCAACUCCUCUCAUGGUGUCGCACCUUCUCCUCCCCGAGGUCUAAACGCUUCAGGUCCCUUUCAAGGUAUGAAAACACAGCAAACACUGCUCAGGCUUCCCUCACCCACCACAGCUAAAGCUGGAGUCCAUCAGCAAGUAAACAUAAUCACGUCUAGAUCUUCUCCUCCAGUUCCUCAACCUCUUCAUGCUGGUGUAUCAUCUGAACAAGCAGGCUUGGCCAACAUUGUGAGGUUUCCUAUUUUUCACACCUCUGAUGGUAAAGGACUCGUAGUUACACCGUCACACCAUCCCUCAGAAACCUCUGUAGUUUGUUCUCUUCCACAAGGACCUUUACUCAACACAACUUCUGCAAGGCCACCACCUCACAACCAAGUGGUACCUGCCGUACGAACGGUGAUUUCCCAGAAUGCACCAGUGGUUACCAGAGCACCCAUGAACAGUACGAUUUCAAGGAUGCAGAAGCUUCCAGUUGCGACCGUCCCACCAGUCGGGUGUCUGAACGUCAGCAGUGAAGUCACGCCUGUAGCCACCGUACCUCCAUCCAUGAAUACAGUUAUAAUGACUCAGCGUCAGCCAAUCAGAGCUGUGCAACCUGGAGCUUAUGGAAAUCCUGUUAUUUUACAUCAACAACCGCAAACUCAGAGCAAGUCUGUUGUACAGAUAACCAGCAGUGCGUUAACCAACUCCACUGCUGGUAAGCUGCUGUUAAGCCCGGACGGUGCCAUUUUAAAUAUAGUUCAAGCAUCAACACCGUCUAAUGUAGAAGUGCCGGGAAAGCCAACGAGAGCUCAUGUUGAUGUUCCUAAUGUCAGUAGAGUUACUGUACCUGUGUUAAAUACAAAAACAGAUCAUCCAGAGGGAUUAAAUCACUGAAAUAAAACUAUCUAGAGAUGUUUUAUAGAAGAGUUAACUAGAACAAGUUAAGUUGUGUGUGUUUUGCUUUCCUCUGGUUUAUUUUCUCCUCAUAUAAAAAGACUGAAUUGUAUUUUGUCUUUUAGAAUAGUUAUUGUAGACCUCCAGUUAUCUUGGUUAUAGUUGUAAAUAAAUGUGUUUCAUGAUGAGUAGAGAUUUCAGAUGGCCAGUAAUGUAUAUAACAAAAGUAUUUGUUUGGCCGACUUUUUGUACUCCAUUUGUAUUGAAGGGUUUUAAUGUUUUGUAGCAUUUCACAUUGAUAAAACCAUUAAAUGAUUCAUAUUAUACUCUA